UAUUAGCAAUUAACUGAUAUAGAUGUAUAGCUAUAUAGUAUAUAGAAGUUAUAUGUAAUAAAGAACGAAAAUUGUACAGGUAUAUACAUCAGUACCAGGUCUACAGGUGUCUUAAAGAGUCUCAAAAUCUCAAGAUAUCAUUACUCAGCCAUCCUUUGUUUUGACAUUGUUUUACAAAAUGCACUUGUCGUAAAUGUCAUUUAUUACAUUGAUUUGAAUAGCUUGUUUAAGUUCUGCUCAGUAAUUUGUGUUAUUUGUUAAUUGUUGUUUUCCAUUAUGUGAUCUGCCCAGUGAUACAAUUGCAUUUCAUUGCAAUUGUCAUGGUUGCUCUGUUCUAUUGUGAGAUACAAGAGUUGUUUUUUCGCUGACAGAGUUGAAUAGGGAUUAGCCUAUGGGCUGACCACAUGUCCUGUGGCCUUUGUUAUUUUUCUUUUUUGUUUUUGGUCGGGUUUUUUUUGCACUGAGUGAGUAAAUUGAUGAAGGCACUGUGGAUAAAAAGAGAAUGCAUUGACAAGGGGUUUCUAAAGCGAAAGGUCAUUUGAAGGUACGCAAUUGCCAUCUGCCUCUGCCUGAGGCUAAAAGACUGGCAAUGAUGGUGACAAGUUAAUGUUGCAAAGUUGUGAAGUCAAACUAUGUCAUUAAACUACAUCAAAAACUUUUAUGAAGGAUGUCUCAGGCCUCCAACAGUGAUAGGCCAGUUCCACACUCUGUUUUUUGGCUCUGUGCGUACAUUUUUCCUUGGAGUCCUUGGAUUCGCCGUCUAUGGCAAUGAGGCCCUCCACUUCAGCUGUGAUCCAGACAAAAGGGAAAUAAACCUUUACUGUUACAACCAGUUCAGGCCUAUAACACCUCAGGUAUUCUGGGCAUUGCAGCUAGUCACUGUCUUGGUGCCUGGAGCUGUGUUUCAUCUUUAUGCUGCCUGUAAAAAUAUAGACCAGGAUGAGAUCCUUCAGCGGCCAGUGUCCACAAUCUUUUACAUCAUCUCUGUCCUGUUGAGAAUAAUUCUGGAAGUUUUAGCAUUCUGGCUUCAGAGCCACCUUUUUGGGUUCCUGGUUGAUCCUAUUUAUAUGUGCGAUGUCAGUGCCCUUGCAAAGAUCUUCAGCAUCUCAAAGUGUAUGGUCCCUGAACACUUUGAGAAGACUAUCUUCCUCAGUGCGAUGUACACCUUUACCAUCAUCACCAUACUCCUCUGUAUCGCUGAGAUUUUUGAGAUUCUGUUCCGAAGACUUGGUUAUUUGAACCAGCCAGUGACUUGAGAAUUUAGAAAGUGUUUUGAGUGAUACUUAAGCAGUGUUUGUUUUCUGUGGGUCUCUGAAUGACAGACAGGACAUAAACCCACAUACCUCUGCAUUUUCUGGUGGUAGACACAGAAAUAUAUGCUUUUUUAAAACAAGACAGCCUAUUAUUCCUUUUUUGGAAUAAUCAAAAGAAAACAUGCCUAAUUUAUGGCAAGGGACUCAUUAAUCUUUUUGGCUUUUCAGAUUUUUUAAGCCUAAAAAAGCACCUCUCUAGCAGGAGAAACUCUUUUUUUCUUUUCUUUUUGACUUGUAUGAGCUAUUUGGCUUUUAAUAUUAUCUCUGCAAAAUUAUUUUCAGAUUUAGAUUUAUACUUAUAUUGCAGUAUUACACAAAAUGCACGUACUAUUUUGGCAAAUAGUAUUUGAUUUAAAUUUCAACUAAGAUUGAUUUCUUCUUAAGGAAGAAUAAUUACAUGCAACAGUGCAUCAGUAUCUAAAAACAUUAUUGAACGGUCCAUGGUCUCUAGUUACAAUCAUGCACAUUGAUAGUUCAUUCAUCAGCUGUUGAUUUCCAUCUAGUUUAUGUCAAUUUGAGAAUUAUCUUGUGUGGUUUUAGUAUCUGUAAAUUUUUAUCAGACAUCCAUCCAACUUUUGUUAUUAUUCUCAGCUAAGUGUACAUCUCAGGUACAAAAUGGCAUACUGUGAUCUCUUAUUUUGUGUCAGCGGGUAACUAUGUAUUAUAAGGAUACGAUUUAUGCAUGAAUGAAACAUCCGAGGAGAUCUGACAGCUUGUCUGGCCUGCACAUCUUCCCACAGUGGCCUUCCCACUAUUUCAACACCACAGCUAUUUGAGUAAUAGCUUUUGUACCAUGUGUAUAUAGCUGAUCA